AGCAAGUGCUUUUUAAGUUUUUAGAAAUUAAAUAUUAUUUUAAAAAAUGAAAGUGCGUUAAACUUUUAGCAAUAAAAUCGCCUCUUGCGGCCAGGAGCGGGGAUUGCCUUGUCGGCCAAGGCUCAAAAUUUCUGCUUUGACUGUUACUUUGAUACCCAACUCUCGAUUGGUCAUCUCGUAGAGAGUAGUGAUCCAUGGUCCCGAUGCGGGUAUAUUGUGGGUCUAUGCAGAAAUAUUUAUUCCAAAUUCUGAACCAGAGGAAAGAAGUUAGCAUGGUAACCGGUCGGUGCUCUGAAAGAGGCAUCUAGCGAUUGCCGAUCGAAGGCCAGUCUUUUCGCCGAGCAUCACUCGUUUCAGGCAGAGGAGGAGAAGGGGAUCGAUCGGAUCGAAUCCUUCUCCGUCGAGAAAGAUUAAACAAAGGGAGUCAUUCGAGAAGGAGGAUGGAAAAGCGCCGGUGCCUAAACAGUCAUUUUACGCCACCUAACCAUUCGCCUUCACCGAUCGCCGAACACCGAUAUAGGGUUUUAGAUCCCUUGGUUGAUGGCCUCGCGCCGUAUUCAGCGCAGGGGACGUGGUGUUGCACGGCUUCUUCUUGGGGCUCUCCGUGGUCGGUGAAUCUGGGUGGCGGAUUUUUCGCGGAUGGCGGUUAACUGUCUGUACCCCUCGGCCUUCAGCAGUGCGGCUGGCUUCGUGUUGCUGCAGUGGUGGACGGUUUCCUCGCUUGAAGGGAUGAAAGCAGAUGGGCUGAUUGGUAGGGAAGCUGGGGGAGAUUCCUUGGAGGUCGCAGGGCGCGCUCUGGAGUUGCUUCUGAGCUCUCAUGUCAUAGUGGUUCAGUUUGUGAAUUUCGUAAUCAAUGUCUACUUUCUGGUGGUUUUACUGCUCAAGGAUGAAGCUUUGUAUGGUGUUGUGCAAUUCAUACAUUUCUAGCUUGUUUCUGCUGCUGUUCUUUGAGCCUUUAAGUAUAGAGCUUGAUACAUUGCAGGCUGGACCAGGGUUUGACGGAUGUCUACUCUCGCCCAACAUGUCGGCGCCCAUUAUUUGUUCCAACUGCGCAAGAAGGUACAAUGUCUGCUUCUGGAAAUGCUAUAGAUGGCAGCAACUUUUUGAACAUCUGAAUUUAGGAUUGAACCAACCAAGAGUUUCUGGUCAUGCACUACCCUUAGGAGCACCUCCAAACCUGCCACAGAACGCUUCUAAUACAAUCUGGAGGUUAUUUUUCUUCGUAAUACUCUUGUUUUACAAUUGUUACUCUGGAAACCCCAAUUGUGGUCAUAACAUGCUGCUUUGUAUAAUACCCAUAACUGUAACUACAAGAUUAUUUUAUUAGGUUGCUAGCCGUUUUUUUUAAUGUUGGGUAUCCCAUUCUUAUCACCCGACUAAUUCUGGUGUAGACAAUCCGGCUUCACAUUUCACCCAU